GGGAUCGGCUCCGGGACCCCCAGCCAGACCGCGGGGAUCGGCGCCGGGACUCCCAGCCCGACCGCGGGGAUCGGCCCCGGCCCUGCCACCGACCCUGGUAGCCUCGGCACGACUCCGGGGGGGAGUUCGGGCCCCGAAAGCCCCAGCCCAGAGGGAGGCAGCUCCGCGAAGCCGGAGGCCAGCACGGUUCCAGUCGUCCAGGGAGACUCAUCCGCUCCCGAAGCCUGUUUGCCCACCUGUAUCUGCAACCUGCAUUCUGCAUCCUGUGACAUAAACUGCUGCUGUGAUACUGACUGUAACCUUGGCUGUGAUCUGGAGGACUCAAGGGCUGCCUUCUCCUUCUGUCUUCCAGGCAGCACCAGAAUUGUGAGUCAAGUGUGCGUGGAGAAGUCUCUUAUUUUCAGAAAUAACACCCCUCAUCACACUGAAAUCAUCACUGACCCCAGCGGAUCUGAGUCUCUGUUCUGUGUGCAGCUAAGUGAUUCAAAGUUGAACUAUUUCCAGCAGCCGCAAAAAGUUAAAAAAUCAGAUUUCUCUGUGUUCUUGGCACAGUAUGGCGGACCAUCAUUCAUUCCACCAUCACAAGACCUGCCAUCUUCCUCUGCGUUUUACCGGGCUGGUGAUCCAAUCCAGACCUUCUUUGCUGCAUCAUCUGUACUGAGCACACUAAGACAGCCAGUGGGAAUGAGUGCCAAUGGAUUUUGUAUUGAUGGGAAUCCUGCUGGUUUCCUAGAGAGUAAAAGCACAAGCUGUACUCGGACCUUCAGCAACCUGAGCAGCAGCUGCACCACUGAUCCUACCCUGGACGCAGCCUCAUAUUACCGUGACUUCACUAUAUUAAAGGUCCCAGUUAAUAUGACCAUUGCCCAGCUCAUACAGGUGAGAAUCACCCCUGUCACACAGCCUGGAGCUCCCCAGAUGGAUGGCAACACCUGUCACAAUGUUGUUGCUGAGGUGAUCUAUGAAAUAGAGUUCAAUGGGACCCAUGGAAUCCAGAAUGUCUCUGUCCAGCUUAAAGUGACCAGUGUCUCUGGGAACUCUCUGCAGCAGCGGUUCACACUUCAGUUCUGGAGCAGGACCCCUUCAUAUACCUUGCCAAGAAGCGGAAACCCUGGCUAUAUCAUUGGGGCACCACUCUUGUCUCUCAAUAGUGGUGCCAGGCAGCAAGUGACUAUCUUACAGAGCCAGGGUGAUGGAAUAUGCUCUCAGACUCUCAGGUACAAGGUACAGUUUGGAAUGAAUUUGAGGACAAGCUGCCAGCUCAGCAUAUCCCAAACAAUGGAGGAUGGAAAUUGUAGCUACUUUCAGGAGAAGCUAUACCAGGCCCUCCAAGGGGUGAGCAGUCCACAGGCUCUGGCCAUAAUUGGCAGUGCUGAGCCAACCCAGACAGAUCAGUGGACCAGCAUCAUUAUCCGGAACUGCAGUAUGCAGGCUGGGAAUUGUGCCUCCUGCUGUAUGGUUCCUGUGUCCCUGAAGAUCCAGGUAUUGUGGGCUGAGGUUGGCCUCCAGUCCAAUCCACAAAGUCAAGUGCUGGGAGCACGGUAUUGGUAUCAGUGUCAGUCUCUGAAGUCCCUCAACAUGAGCAUGGUGCCUUUGACAACCGUUGUUUCCUUCACUGACAUGACAGAAUGGCCAGAGCCUCCACGUAGCCAGCCCGGCACCUACUGGAAACUUCCAUUUGACUUCUUUUUCCCCUUCAAGGUUGCAUCGAAUGGGGGGAUAAGCUGUCAAGGAGACCUGGCUGGUGCUUUCCUGAUGUCUCUCACAUUCUGCAGCAUUCUCAGUUUCUGAAGAGAGUCAAGUCUGGUGCUCUGCUCCUCAUGGCAACAUUUAUGCCCAGGUAGUACCAGAGAACUCUCGCCAUCCUGCUGUAUCCUGGUGUCAUAUCUGGUGCCUGUUCCUCACCUGGGUGAGACAAUAUGAGAGAGACAGUAACCUAAAUGAUUCCUCUUUGUUCUUAUGAACAGCAAAGGUGUUUAUCUGACAGUUAAAAAAAGCAGAUGUUUCAGGAAAUCCUGUUGGUGUAAUGGUACAGUCAGAAUAUGAUGCAGACCAAAGACUCUUCUAUUCUGUUCAGGUUCUCACCCUGUGCCUAUCAUCAUGCUAUCCCUGUUCCUUCCUGUAGUGCAUUGUGACCUUAUUAACAUCUGUCACCUGUGAUUCUUCCAUGUCUGCAACCUCUUUAUGCAGAUUUGUGAAGGUCAACCCAGCGUUGCUCAUGGGGGAUGGGAGGACAGAAGGAGCAGUCUUUGUGUGGAACAAAGAGGAGCGAGGGAAUGAAAAGGAACUUUCUUUAUUCUGUCCCCUACAAGAAGGAAAAGUCCCUUCCAAUCUGAGUGAUAUGGGGAGAAGUGCGGCUUUCAUUUCUAGUUUCCCUCCCUAUUGGCAGGGAGUCUGGAGCUCACUUGUUCAGCUCCCUGUUACAGAAGAGCAUCAUCUUUCCAUGUGGAAUUGUAAUUUGUACAUUUUAAAUCUGAUAUAAUUGAUCCAGCGAUAGUUUCUGUAUGAAACCAUCGGUGCCCUUGUGACUAGCUGUAGAAUGUAUGCCUUUGUUAGGGGACCUGAAUUACUAUUCAGUGAUUGAUACUAUAAUGACCUAUCUGCUAGUCUCCUUUGGCCCAUUUUAAAUAAGCUGGCCUUGUGCAUCUGUGUCAAUCUUUAUCUCUUACUUUUUUAUUAAUCUCUUCAAAUAAAAUUGUCACCUGAACAUGCA